UUUAAUUUAAUUUAAUUUGUGUAACAGCUCUCCCUGUUCGGCGUCUUUAGCACCACCAGGUGGUCAACACAAAAUUUUACAAACAUGGCGGCCUCCUUUCGGACGUUGUGCAGCUCUGUGCUAAAGAAUUCCAACAAACACUUCAGCACCACCUGUGGAGUCAGAGCUGGAGAGAAGUGGAGGAAGGAACAUGGACUUUCUAGAAGCGGCACAGAAUAUGGGCCUCUGACUGAUCUGCCUGACUGGUCUUUUGCAGAUGGUCGUCCAGCACCUCCAAUGAAGGGCCAGCUGAGAAGAAAACAAGAGCGAGAAGUUCUUGCGAGACGGAUUGUGAUGCUGAGCACAGAGAUGGACCGAGGAAUAGAGGCCUGGAAGGAGAAGCAGGAAGAGGCCAAAAGAAUGGAGGAGCACAAAAAGUCUCUUUUACUUAAACCCAAGGGAAAGCUAUUAAUAAAAAAAUCGUAAAACGUUU